UCUCUGUGUCAUGUGACCAUGGCUGUUUGCACUGGAAGUAAAAUGUGACAGGUAGCUGCUCAGGUUGCUGAGUUUGAUUCAAUGUUUUAAAAGCUGAGGAACGUUUUGUUUAACUGUUUGUUUGAUUGAUGAUGUGAAGAACUUCAGACCAAAAUCUGCAGCUGUUACAAAGUUUUGAUCUUUAACUGCAGGACCCAAUGGCUCUGAAACAAAUGCUGUUUGAGACACUACAGGAGCUGGGAGAUGAAGAGUUUCGUAGCUUUAAAUGGUUCUUGCAGCAGACAGAUGACCUCGAUGGUCUUCCACUCAUCCCAAAGAGUCACCUGGAGAACGCAGACCGACAGGAGACAGUGGAUCAGAUGGUGCAGAAGUACAACCGCUGGGCUGUGGAGGUGCUGAAGAAGAACCUCCAGAAGAUCUACAGAAAUGACCUCCAGGAUAAAUUAUCAAACAUCCACAGACCUGUGCAAGACAUGGAAAAUUCACAACCUGUUAGAAACUACAAAGAAAGGCUGCAAUCAAACCUCCAGGACACAUUUAGGUGUAUACAUGAAGGGUGGACUUCAAAAAGGAAUACAGUCAAUUUAGAUGAAGUCUACACUGAGCCGUGCAUCACAGCAGGAGACCAGCCUAUCUCCAGGUUCAUCAGAAGAAUUGAAAUGGCAUUUGGAAAGCCGUCUGAACCAAAAAUCAGCAGCAUAUUCACACACCUGUCAGGAGCAAAAACAAACAUCAGAACAGUGACGACCGGCGGAGAGGCAGGAAUGGGAAAAACCUUCUUGGUUCACAAAUUUGUUCUUGACUGGACAGAAAACAGAACCAGUCAGGAUGUUCAUCUGAUGUUUCCCCUCAUGCUUAACCUGGUGAAUUUUCCACGGCAGGAGACAUUCAGUCUGUCUGAACUGAUCCACACAUGUAUUCCUGGAACUGUCCACAUGACAAAGGAGGAACUUAACCACAUCUUCACAUCACUGCAGACAUCAGGAAACUCUAAUUUUGAUAAGAGUGAAUAUAAAAUCAUUUUUAUAUUGGAUGGCCUGGAUGUGAGCAAACUUCCACUGGACUUCACUGCUGCAGAAAAACUGCCUGUUGAUGUGACAAAACCUGCUCCAGUGGAAACGCUGGUGACGAACCUGAUUCGAGGGUACUUGCUUCCCUCGGCUCGCCUCUGGAUCACCACCCGACCUUCAGGCAUUGGCCAGAUUCCUCCUGAAUUCAUCCACAUGGAAACAGAGCUCCGAGGAUUCUCUGAGCAACAGAAGGAGGAGUACUUCAGAAAGAGAUUCGGAGAUGAAGAGCAGGCCCACAGGGUCAUCUCCCACAUUAGGAUGUCACCUAGCCUGCGGUACAUGUGCCAUCUCCCAGUCUUCUGCUGGAUCACUGCUGGGGUUCUGCAGCCCAUGUUAAACACCAGCACUGGAGGAGAACUGCCCAGUACUUUAACUGGGAUUUACAUUGAGAUCCUCAUGGUUCAGAUCCAAACCAUGAAACAAAAGUUUGGCAAACCAAAAAGCUUGAAGUACCUCGAGACAUUGAUGAAACUUGCUUUCAACCAGCUAGAAAAUGGUGGCCUGUCAUUUUCUGUGGAAAGCAUAAAGGAGGACGAUGUUAACAGCUUCGAUGAUUUUUCUGUAUAUCCAGAAGUAUUCUUACAGUUCUUCAAGGAGGAGCAUUGUCUGAAAAUGAAUGGAAAGAAAGUGUUUAGCUUCCUCCAUCAGAGCAUAGUAGAGUUUCUGGCUGCUCUGUUUGUCGUCUCACACAUUAGGAACAAACCAAAAAAUACUUUCCGAAUUCCAGGCUUAGUUUACAGCCAAAAGCACCCACAGGAAACCGUCUAUGAAAUCAUCGACAAAGCCGUGAAGAGUUCAGAUGGACACCUGGACACAUUUCUUCGCUUUCUCCUUGGUCUUUCUCUGCAAAGAAGUCAGCUUCAUCUUAAAGAUCUACUUCCACAGUCAGGAAGUAGCUCACAGAGCAGACAGCUAACUGUUGAUCACGUUAAAAAUAAAAUCAGAGACAGUCCUUCUCCAGAAAGAAAAAUCUCUCUGUUCCCAUGUCUGAAUGAGCUGAUGGACAGUUCUCCAGUAGACGAGGUCCAGCAGUUCCUGAAAUCAGAAACAGGAUCCGUGGAUGAACUGUCUCCUUCUCAUUGGUCAGCGAUGGUCUUCAUAUUACUUUCAUCACUAAACGAUCUACAUGUCUUUGACCUGAAAAAAUACUUCCCUUCAGAAAAGUUUCUCCUUGCUCUCCUGCCAGUGGUCAAAACCUCCAAGACAUCACUGCUGACUGGCUGUAACCUUUCAGGGAGAAGUUGUGUUGCUCUGUCCUCAGUCUUUAGCUCUCAGUCCUGUAGUCUGAGGAAGCUGGACCUGAGUAACAAUGACCUCAGAGAUUCAGGAGUGGAGCUGCUGGCUGCUGGGCUAAAGAGUCCCCACUGUCAACUGGAAACUCUCAGACUUAUCUGCUGUAACUUGUCAAAGGGAAGCUGUGAAACUUUCUCCUCGGUUCUUGGAUCGGAGUCCUGUAGUCUUGAAGAGUUGGACCUGAGCAGCAAUGACCUGCAGGAUUCAGGAAUGGAGCUCCUAUCAGCAGGACUCAGCAGUCCACAUUGUAAACUGGAGACAUUAAGGGUCUGUGACUGUAAGCUGUCAGAGGAUAUUUGUGAUGCCCUCACGCUGUUGGAGUUAUGUAGUCUGAGACAGCUGGACCUGAGGAACAACGAGCUGGGCCCGUCAGCAGAGGAGCUGCGUCAAAGAUGUACACAAAUAACUAUUUGGACUCACAUCUGUCUGGGAGGAAUGAUCUCGAAAAGCGUUCUGAUCCAGUCAGGAUGUCCUUCUGUCUAUCAGCUCAGAGUAAAAAAAGAGAAGUCUGGACUUUUGACCAGAGUCACUGUCGGUGAAAAACAAAUGGACGAGAUGAACAGAAAAAUAUUACUUAUUGGUGAAGCGAGAGCAGAAAAAUGUGCUCUCAUAAACGCUCUGUUGAACUACAUCAUAGGAGUGAGGUUUGAUGAUAAAAUCUGGUUCCAGGUCACAGAGGAGGAAGGACAUCAGGCAACAGAUGUGAUGAUUUAUGAGAUCUUUGGUUUUGAAGAUAAAUCUCUGCCCUACUCUCUGACCAUCAUUGAUGUUGCUGGACAUGAAGGCAUUGGAAGAGAUGCUGUUAUCAGAGAACAGUUAUCAGACAUGGAUGACCAAGUAGCAGUUGUGUGCCUGGUGCUGAACGCAGGUGACAGUCUGCAGAGCAGCCGACUGAAACACACGUACGACUCAGUCAUGUCUCUGUUUGCAGAACAAGAGGACAAAUGCACAGUCAUUUUAAUCACAAACUCAGAUGCACAAAAUCACAGCAACGUUAUGCAAGAUCUGGAAACUACACAAAUUAAAUUUAUUAAAAAUGAAAAGAGGGAACCAUUUUACUUCCUGUUUAAUAACCGGCAGCAUGAAGACCGGACUGGAAACACCGACGAGCUGGAGCAGGCUUAUAAAUUAUCAGAGAGGGAACUCUGGAAGUUCACAUGUUUUCUGAAAGAAGCUGAGGGUCGAAUGAUUUUGGCAGCAGUUGAAGAGCUUCAUGAGCACGGCCGACUUAAAGCUUGCAUCCAGAACCUGCAGGACAGAAUCCAGCUGACGGAUUUAAAGGUAGCGGAAAUCAAACAGAUUCAAAAAGCUCUACAGAACCAUGUAGGAGAGGUGAAAAACAAUGAAAGCUUCGCUGUAGAAAUGGAUGAAGUUUAUAAAGACACAGAACCCAUCGGGGGUGGGAAGUGGUUGUGGUUUUUUUAUGAUGGAGCCCUCUGCUGCACCGUCUGUGAAGAAAACUGUCAUUAUCCUGGAUGCACAGUCGCCAAGACACCAGAAGACUGUGAGGUGAUAAAAGACGGUUUCUGUGCUGUUUGUACCAACAAGUGUCCCGUUUCAGCUCACGUGAAAGAAGAGUGGAGGUAUGUGACCAAAACAAAAAGAGUUGAGAUGACACUUCUGGAUGUGAGGCAGAAGUACAAAAGGAAUGAGACCAAAAGUGAGAACAAUAUUAGUCUUUCAGAUCAUCUGGAAGAGGAAAUAAAACAUCAGAAAGCAAAGAAGUCCCAGAUCAUUGAUGAGAUCUACAACCAUGUUGUCAGACUGCAGCAGAUUGACCUGAAGGAUGAUCCAGCACCCAAAUAUCUGGACUUACUGAUAGAAAGUGGAGACACAGAGAUGGUGCUGAGACUGGAGGGCCUGAGAAAACAAGAUGGUCAAAAUACUGAAUGACCAGAGGAGCAGCUGGAAGGACAAGAUCUGAUCUGUUCGUUUACUGCUGGCAAGUAAAACCAUAACAAGUAUUAAUGUAAUUCAUGUUCCAUUUUAACAAGUUAGCAGUCAAAAGUUUACAGUGGAAGAAAUAGAAGAAUAGCAAAUAUCAUAUGUCAAAUAUUACAUGUCAUGUCUCAAUCUUCACUGAGAUGGUUUUGCAGUUAAAAUCUUUCUCUGAGUUUCUUGUAUGCAGUUCUUGCAAUAAAGAACUGAAAUCUAGUUUUCCUUAAAAAAAGUAAAAUGUUUGAGGACAGUUAAUUUUUAAAUCACAAGCUGAAAGAUUUUACAGCACAUGUAUCGAACAGAAAGAAGCAGAAUAAGUUAUUAUGUGGUGAAGGUUUUAAAUCCGCUGUCUUCUGUUUCCCACAUUAGAUUUCCUCCUGUUGGUUUAACCUUCUGAAUAAGCUUCAUGGUUUUUCCUGUUAGAAAGUUUCUGUUGGUUCUCAAACACAGAACAUCACUAUGAAUAAAAUUAUUGAUUCAUUUCAGGUAGAAAAGAAAGAAUAAUGUGAGUCCAGGUUGGACUCUUGGCUCACUCUGUGUUUCAACCAGAACAGGGUCUGUACCUGUUGGUGGUAACGUUUUACAUGAAACUGUUCUGAAUGUUUAAACAUUGCUUUCUGGUAUAAAGUGAAUGUAAAUGUGCGUCUCUUAUUGCCUGCCUUUGGACUGAGACUAAAAUGCAGCCAGGAUAAUUAUAUUGGGGCAUGUGGCUUAUGUGUCCGAGUUAAAAAAAUAAAAUGAAUCUAAACACAACCUGAACUUAUUACACCAUUCCUGACACAUAUGAAAAGAUCCAAGAGCAAAAAGAGAUGGAGAUGACAUUUUAAUUCCAGAAUAUAAUUUUAUCAUUACUGCUGCAUUAUAGAUGUAACUUUGACUUAAAGUAAGAAACGUAUGAAUCAGUGAAUAAGAUAAAACUAUGACAGUUUAGUUUAGUUAUACAUUUGAAAAUUGUACCUGAACUUUCUUCAAUAAAUCACUUAUGCAGCUGCGUCCCGACCAGAAGAGGGCGAUGCUGCACUAAAUCUGAUUAACUAUGGAAAAGGCCACGAGGACCAGAGCGAUGCCUCUGUAAUAACAUUAAGAAUUAGAUUUUUACAAAUGACCUGAAACAGGAAGCGUCUACCUUGACUGAGUACCACCGAUUGGAAGAUGUCCUGCAUUACAUCACAGGAAAAACUCAAUGCAACCAAGAGGACGUCUGCAAGAGGAAGAGCAAAGGGCAUAAACACGGGAACAUUUGGAAAAGAGGAAAGAACUUGGAGUUUAUUGUAAAGAAAUCGCAGGAGCAUAUUACAAAAGUAAAGUUUAACUGGUAGAGGUAAUGUGGUUUUUACAAUGUAAAUUAAACUGGAAAAUCAAGAAUUAAAAUGUUUUAAGUUUUUAGGAAUGUGGUUAGAUGAAAAACUGACAUGAAAGAUACACAGUCAUAGUUUUGGACAAAUGUAUAAAAGCUCGAAUUAUAAAUAGCUGCUUAGUAGGAUUAGCAUUAAGGGUCAUUUACGUUGGACUAAUAUGGUAAGCAUUAGGCUUUGGGUGUAAGGUAUUGGUUCAGCAGCAGACAUUUUUAAAAAUCUGGAUCAGAUUUUAAAAUGACAUACUUCCUUAAAAAGUAUGAACAUGUUGACCAGAAGGCAUGAAGAGGUAGAUUUUAGGUAAUGUUUGGUCUGUUGUCAGAGCGCGUUUGCAUGCGGUUGUGUCUGGCAGAGUGUUUGCCGUUCUGAUGGGGACGAAGCUGCUGGACAGUCUGGAUGAAUCUGAAACGCUCCCAGAGGGAAGCAGUUCAAACAGUCCAACCAAUGUACCCACCAGGUUCCUACCUUCACAAACGUUAUUAAACGAUGCUGUACUCCUAUUUGGUCACACGAUCAAUAUUUUUUUUACCAUUUCCAAGGAACAACAACUUACCCUUUGGCUCAACAUACUUAUGGUAUGUUUUCCUGAUUUCAUGUAAACAUUAAAGGGUGUAUGAUGUGCCAGAAUAAUGUCUCGGUUUCCCUUCAGACUGUAGAUUUACACAAACAAAAACAAAUCCAUUUCCUGCUGAGCAACAUUUCCAAAAGCUGUCUGGAUUUCCAAGAAACCUUCUGGAUUUGACAUAAUGUUGAUGUUACUGAGAGACGGAAACAGUAAAACUCAGAGAAGAGUUUUUCCUGUUUAAUCAACCAAACAGUUGAAGAUCAAGGCGAUGAACUCACCUGUUCAUUUCAGUGUAUCUCUAUAGCACUAAUUCACAGCAGAUUUCACUGAGUUGUCAGCUUGCAACAAUGGGCUUGGACCCCGUUGAAAGUUGCUUGUAGUUCUAGUUAGGCUUUAAUUUGACCAUAACAAAUUGGUCACAUGAUCAAUUUGUUCCUCUGGGUCUCAGCAGUGAAGACCCAGAGGAAAGGCCUUGGGCCGUAACACCGCUGUAUCGAGUUUAGACCUGCUUGGCCGGCUGUAUGCUAUGCUAAUAGUUAUGCUAUGCCUUUAGCAUAACACAAAGCAGGAGUAGAAUCAUAUAAAAUUGCAACUUAACAUUUUUGUUUUAAAUUAAUAUUAACAGUGAAUAAGUAGUUUUUAACAUCAGUUUUGAGAUUUUAUGUAAAAAAGGUUUAUGAUAAAUAUUAAUCUAUAUUAAUUGACAUAAUCCUAAAAAAAGUAAGAACCUAUUUGCAAAGUUAUUUUUCAUGUUGUAUCAACGUGUGUGUUAUUCUGUUGAAGGAAACUGAUCUGUACAUCAGGAAGAACUGACUGGUAGUGCCUCCGUCUACCACAAGGGGGCAGUCAUGGUUCUUCCUCCAGGCAUUGAGAGUCACUGUGGUUAUUCUGUCUCCCCUAUUUUCAAGGGUGUAGCAACAACACUUUGCCUCCAGCACAGAGGGAACGACCAGCCUGGAUAUUAUCAACUUUAGCUGACAGCCUGUAAAUUAUGUUUUUAUUUCCAGCUAGAAACCUCGGAUGUCUCUCCUCCCUCCAUUCUUUAUGUUUGUGUCGCUGCAGGUAUUACAGGGGGGGCGCCACUCCCCGAGACAAGAGGAAAGUAGCAAUAAACCUUUUUACCACAUAAAUGACAAAAAUAACUCACAAUGACUCGGAAAAGUGACUUUAAUGAGAUUACUAGACUGGAAAUAGUAACGAGUUAUUUUAGUCAUUCACUUAUUUACGGAUCUGUCAGGUUCUGAUAUGUGUCCAUCCUCAGUGUUAAACUCUUUCCCGCCACUUCAGUUUCAUCGAGAUCCAGUAACUGAUGAAGGAAGUUUCUUUUUCAGAAGUUCUGGUCCAAAGAUGACAACUUCUCUCUUGUCAGGAUUUAAAAGCAGGAAAACCAUCAAAGUCCCAGAGGAAAUAAAGAAAAACUGUUCAACAGUUAGGAGGCAUUAGUGUGUUCUGGAAACUACGUACAUUACUGUCAGGAGUUCGCAUGCAUACCACGAUGUCUGGU